AUGAAGGCCCCUGAUUCCAUUGAAAUUGCUAAGGCUCUUUAUUUGAGCAAGUCGGUCGUGGAAGCAAAUCUCACCAAGAAGGGAGGAGGUCUUGGUUUUUGCAUGGAGUUUCUGGUCAAAAGGGGUUGUGAGGCUGCUGAAACAAAGGAAUGGGACACAUUUAGGGCUAUCCUGGCUCUAAGUAUCUAUGGUAUCAUGAUGUUAUCAAACGUUCCUAACUUUGUUGACAUGAGUGCAAUUCAUAUGUUCAUUCUGCAGAAUCCGGUUCCUACACUUUUGGGGGAUGUUUAUCACUCCAUUCAUCACAAGAGUAGUCAGAAGGGAGGUUUGGUUAGAUUCUGUGCUCCGUUGUUAUAUCGUUGGUUCAGGUCACAUUUGCCUGAGCGUGGCGCUUUCGUCGAUAAUAGGCACACAUCUAAGUGGGCUGAGAGGAUUAUGGGGCUUAGGGCCAAAGAUAUUGUCUGGCACAACAGAUCUUUAGAUGACAUAGAAGUUAUUAUGAGUUGCGGAAAGUUCAAAAAUGUACCUCUCAUGGGUCUUAGAGGUGGAAUCAACUAUAAUCCCGUCCUGGCUAGGAGAACAUUUGGAUAUGCUUUUAUCAGUCCCCCUGAGCAGACAGAAAUUGCUGAGAAUAUUUUCUAUCAUUCAGCCACCGACGGUGGGUAG